AUGACAUUCAUAAAAAAAACUUUUACUAAAAUCAAAAACAGAAUUGAAUAUUUUGGUGAAAAAGGAUGGCAUAAUUGGGGUCAAAAUCAGAAAUGCUCUCCUGCUGAAAUUUUUCGCCCUGUUAAUUUACAUGAUUUAAAAAAAAUAGUAAAAAAAGCAAAGCAAAAUAAUAAGAAAAUUCGUUGUGCCGCUGCUGCCCAUAGUUGGAGUAGCCUCAGCGUCACUAGUGGAUAUUUGGUAAUAGUUACUGAUUUGAAUGAUAUUAAGAUUCAAUAUAAUGAAAGGUUGAAAACUUGGACUGUCACAACCGAAGCAGGUGUAUACCUUAAGGAUCUUGAUAAAAAGUUAAGAAAUCAUGACCCUCCAUUAACGAUGGAUUCUGCAACCGUAUUGAACACUGUGACAACCUCCGGCAUUGUAUCGACUGGUUCUCAUGGUGCAAAAUGCGCAAGUUCAAAUAUUUCGGACAAGGUAAUCUCCUUUCAAAUUAUAACAUCCGAUGGUAAACUACAUGAAUUUUCUGACGAGAUAGAUCCUGUCGAAAUGAAUGCAGCUAGAAUCAAUUUCGGUCUUUUAGGAAUUAUAUAUAAGCUCACUUUUAAGGUCGAACCAAUGUUCAAUUUAAUGAUGAAAGAUGUAUUUCCAAAUAUUUCGGAUUGGGAACCAGAAAAUCUUAAAAAUGAUGUAUUGAAUUGUGAUAGUAUUGAAAUUUUUUAUUGGCCGUUCAAUGCUGUCGGUCUUGAAGAAAAGAAUGAUAAGAUUUGGGUAAAAACUUGGAAAAGAACAGAUUUGAAUGUCACAGUGAAUCCGAUCGAAGCAAAAUUAUUGGGAGACUUCCAAAAUUUUGGAACCAAAUUUGGGGAUCAUCUUUACGAACAUAUGGUUAAAUUCCCAGAUUCUACUCCAUACAUUACUAAUCUUGUCUUUAAUAUUGGUUUGAACCAUGAAAGUGAAAAUAUUUUACAAGCACCUGACGCAAUUCAUUAUCAACACGGUACCGAUAAUGUUCCUUGUAUGGACGUUGAGUUUGCUUUCAAGAUUAACCAUCUCGAGCUUGUUAAUCAGGGUUAUAAGUGGCAAAUUCCCGCAUACACUAAAUUAAUAAUUAUAUUACAAAAAUUCAAGGAUUUUUCAAAUGUCAUAGAAGAAUUUAAUUAUAUCGUUAAACGGGUUUAUGAAUUAGCUGCAGAAAACAAAUAUCCAUUAAAUCUUACUGCAGAAUUUCGUAUUAAUAAAGCGUCCAAAUGUUUACUCGCCCCAACAUAUGAUGAGGACCCAAAUGCGUAUUACUGCUUAAUGGAAAUCUUGUCUGUUAAUGGUACCCAAGGUUUUCUUGACUUUUCAAUUGAGUUAGCCAAAAGAUGGAUGGAGAAAUAUAAUGCUAUACCACAUUGGGAUAAAAUGUGGGAACAUGUGCCCAAUAUUAUUCCAUAUCUACGUAAUCUUAUGGGAAAACGUUUAGAAGAGUUUGAAAAGAUUAGGGCGAAGUACGAUCAUCAUGAAUAUUUCUUUGAUAAUGAUUCUCUGAGACGACUUCUUGGCAAAUAA